GAGGGGCCGGAGGGGAUGCAAGGUCACCUGGGGGGCCGGGGACCGCAGGGGACCCUGAGGCCCUUGGUCAGCAGGCUGCAGGGCGAGGCGCAGGGCAGGGCGGAGUCCCGCGGAGUUAAUGUUACACCGGGUCCAGAGUCUGCUGGGGGGCGGGGGCGCCCCGCCUGCUCGGCCUCAGCGCCCCUUAUCCCCGCGGGCGCCCGGGCGUGCUCACACCUGUCGCUGGAGGCCAUGAACGCGCUGGGGACGCUGCUGGCGCUGGCCGCCUUGUUCCUGCCUUCGGUCCAGGCCCAGGAGGAGCGUCACAUGAAGCCGUGGCUGGUGGGCCUGACGGCGGUGGUGGUCUUCCUGUUCAUCGUCUUCGUGCUCCUGCUGGCCAACCGCGUCUGGUGCUCCAAAGCCAGAACUGAAGAUGAGGAGACCAUGGAGAGAAUACAGCCCAACCCUUAUGAGAACGUAGGCCCGAGGAAGGAAAGCAAGGCGGGGAAGAAGGAGCUGAGCGGGGAGAGCAACGCGGGCCUGGAGCUGGGAGAGGCGGGACAGGCGGACGGCUACCAGGAAAUGAAGACCAGCAUGUGAGCCCCGGCGGCGCCCCUGGACCCUCGGCACCCGCAGCCGCACCCCUGCUGCGCGCGAGCCCAGCGGGAUCUGCCGUGGGCCUCGGUCCCGCCCCGCCGGGUGGAUCCGGGACCCCCGACUGGGGCACCACAGGUCCCCACUGCGGGGGCUCCGCCGCUCUGCACCCCUGCCCGACCCCCCCACACCCCGCCUGCCUUCUCUCAGGCUGCCUUGGGGCCCUGGGGAACGGGGUGCCCUGCGGGGGUCCCCAGUAAAGACUCAGUACGACCGCUUUA